AUGGCCAAAUCGACUUUAGAAGGACUCCCACCGGAGCUGCUCAUUCUUAUCUUGCUUGGAAUACCUGAUCUGGCUUCUCUCAAGUCCAUUGUGCUCUCCUCGCCGAUAUUUCACCAAGCCUAUGUCACAGUGCGACAGGAAGCUCUCUGUCGCAUCGUCAAGAAUCAAUGGGGACCGCUUUUAGGAGAUGCAAUGGCUGCUACACGGUCUCGUGGUCUCCAGUUCGAUGCCCAUAAACAGGAAGCAAUUGCCUUGUUAGACACCUGGCGUCGCAAGGAAGAGAUUAGCGACCUUGCCUUGAGCUCAUCCAUUCCGAUAGAUGAGCCCAGCAAUCUGGACGAGAUCUUCAACCUAGUUCAUCUUCACAACGUGUUCCAUUUCUUUUUGAAUGAGUACGAGACGAAAGUACCGCGCCCUCCGUGGAUAUCAAACGACCAAUGGGAGAACGCAAUUCUCCCCAUUAAAUUGUCUCACGCCGAAAAACACCGGUUUCUCAGAGCUUUGUGUCGACUACAAAUUUGCGCCAAUAUUUUUGGUGAAUAUGAACAUACAACUACCGAGAUAGUCAAUCACAAUCAUUGGAGUCGUGGUCCUGAACAUGAUCUUUGUUGUGAUGAAGAGGCAUAUCGCGUGUUCUUUGGGACGAUGCCUCCUUGGGAAUUCCAAGAAAUAGGCUGUCUAUGGGCAUACUUUACGACAUUGUUCGACCAUAUCUACAAGAAAAUUUCUGCCGGUCUAUAUGAUCUUGUGGAGAAGCACGCAACUAGAGUUGAUUGGGCACGUGAACUCUUUGAAGAGCUCCCUGAGGAUGUGCAGCCUCCUUGGUGGCAUGGGGUAGACAAGCUCGAAAAUGUCGAGAAGAUUUGGGGAUUUUCGAAAUCGUUAGCUUUAAUGGGACCAGAGUUUGUCUACCGCCUUCUUCAUGGAACGCCCUUGAUUCAGCGCGAUAUGGUGAUGCUCAAUGGAAACGACGAGCUAUGGAACUCCUUUCCCGGCAUGUAUAUAACGCAAGAGAACAUGGUUCCUCUUAUAUAUCCUGCAGAUCGGCACGCGGUUCAAGAUUAUGAGAGGCUUUGGUCGACAUUGCCAUACAUCGAGCAACCUAACCUAGGGUGGAGAAGGAUGAACUUGCUGCCUGAAACACCGGAACAAACAUUUGAAGAUGCAAUUGAUCUAGAAGGUAGGGAUGAAGCUUUAUGGAGCUGGGGUUUUGCUAUAUUGGACGAUGAACGAUUGGCGGCAUGGAAAGCGCCUUUAUUGGAAUAUCGUUUAGCCCAGUUUCCUCACAUCCCAGUUUAA